CAAACUAAUGAGUAUUUCGUUUCAUAGGCUUAUGUGUUUUACAAUAACUUACACACUCAUAUGCUCUUCUAUUUAUUAUGUCACCGAUUCUCUACGCUACCACAUGCAUGCCACAUAUCGAAUAAUUAGUGCAAUCAUUAAUAAUGCGAUAAAGCAUUUCUCAAACAAAUUAGCAUCUCAAAUAACUAAAAACAAAUUAGCAUUUCUCAAACAUAUAAUCAGUGCAAUCAUUAAUAAUGCGGCGUCUUGAGGUGCACUCAUUCCUCAAGACCAGCCUCUCCGCAUACGCAUGCCAACUGGUUUCGCCCUGCCUUGGGCUCAUCAGGGAGACGACAAUAGCCUCCGACCAGUUGUGCCUUCUCUUGCAACGAUCCCUUUCAUAGCCACAUCAUGACUCGGCCAGAUGCGAUGCACAGGCAGACAACGCCUUAUCGCUAAUGUCGCCUCCUUUACCCUUCUCAUGGCAAGGCAACCAGAUGGCAGCGUUCUUCAGACGAUAAACACGGUCACGACAUUUUGGGUCGUGACAUUCUCCACCACUCAUAAUGCAACACGUCCUCGUGCUGGUGAAGAAUGCUUCUCUCCGCAGCAUGUAUUGCAACUCUCAAACCGAUUGUGGGCAUCCGCAUACGAUACCAUCCUCUGACGGACAAGCUCCGGUCGCGUUCUCGUGCUAGCCUGUUGUGCCCCGCGCACAUAUCGCUUCGAGAGUUGCAAUACAUGCUGCGGAGAGAAGCAUUCUUCACCAGCACGAGGACGUGUUGCAUUAUGAGUGGUGGAGAAUGUCACGACCCGAAAUGUCGUGACCGUGUUGAUCGUCUGAAGAACGCUGCCAUCUGGUUGUCUUGCCAUGUGAAGGGUAAAGGGGGCGACAUUAGCGAUAAGGCGUUGUCUGCCUGUGCAUCGCAUCUGGCCGAGUCAGGAUGUGGCUAUGAAAGGGAUCGUUGCAAGAGAAGGCACAACUGGUCGGAGGCACAACUCGGUUGAACGACAUUCUCGGCCGCUGCGUUCUUCAGAUGUAUAGCAAUAAAUCACUUAUUGUCUUUCUAUCACGUAUACCCAUAUAAAAAUAAAUCAGAUCUAUCGAUUCAGAUUCUCUAACCAUGUAUUUAUGGGUCAUUUAGCUUGGAUAUAAAUUCAAAUUUAUUUC